GCUAUAAUCCGCACGGUCGAAUGUCAGAGUACUGUGGCUUGUUUGGUUCGGAAAUGUUCGACGAGGGUCGCUGCAACAGGGAUGUUCUCGAGGAAGUCUACGACAAGGACAAGGAUAUCUAUCACGAUGGGUUCAUGCGGCAGCUCUUUAGACGGGCAAGACGGGGAGUGCUUUGCUAUGCCAACGGACCGCAAGUGAUGAACAUAAGAGGGGCCUGUGAUGCUAUGCAACUUGCCUGUCACCGCCCCCCUUUUGCCCAACAAAGUCCACCAAGGAUUGAUAGCUGCUGGAGUAUAAGGGCAGCUCAGCAGAAUCCUCCACCAGCCGGUCCCGCAGUGACCAAUCAACCAAAUCCUUUUGUUCCAGGCCCACCGGGAUGGUAUGGCUGGGGAAUGUAAACAUGUUACAAAGAUACUUUUACCAAUACUUAUCUACAGUCGUCAUUUUGCCUUGUCAUGUCACCCGACAUGCCACCAAAGUGCGCAGUUCACUUUACAGAAGUUGGAUUCCUUCAGUGAAAUCACAUCAAUGAUGUGAUAUGAUAUGCUACGGGCACACUAAUGGAAUCGAUUGGAAGUCGAUCGAUGGUAUGUCAUUGAACAUUGUGUAAUAGAAUCGGUCGGUUUAGAAUCGGUUGACGGUGUAACUGUGUCGUGAAAACCUGGACAGAUCAUUGUCAGCUAAACGUCACACGGGUGUCCAUUUACAAGUUUUCUUUAGGGGUUUUUCGCAACAGCUACACAGACGCUUUCUGGGAAGUAUAAAAUCUAUUGUCAAAUUCCCUUCAUGACAAUGCAGUCUUUGCCGAGGUUCGGGGAAUCGAAACGGCAUUUUCGUCCUGUUCCCAGGACAGACGACAUGCUUGCAAUUUUCGUCAGCUCAGAAACUUACGAUGAAACUACUGUUCCGGUUCCCCCAAUUUUAGACAAAGUCCCCGGCUAUUCAUUGUCAUUUUGACGGGCAUUUUCAAUACUUUCUGUUCUCGAAGGGAA